UUUCCACAUGUGGUGAUUAUUAAUAAUAUUAUAGGUCGAUGUUUGUUCUUCUAUUAUAACAUCAUACCUCGACCCCCCCCGCCCCCGCCUCGGCCGGGAUAGUUGGUGCGGUCCAAAAGUGCCGCCGAUGGAGUCCGCUCUCGCUGAGCACACGAGGGGAGACUGACAGGUUAGGCGAUGGCUGAUGGUGGCAGCAGCCUGAAGAAUCCCUCCAGAAGGAGGCUGCGGAUCUCACCACAACAGGAUGCAGAAAAGCACAUAAGACUUAAAACUGACAAGGAGGGUCUUAGAGAGGUGUUUGUGAACUCUUUUAAAGGACGAGGUGUUUUCGCUUCCAUACCUUUCAGCAAAGGAGAUUUUGUUGUAGAGUACAGGGGGAAACUUUUUACUCCAGACAGUCGUCCUGUUGCCGAGACCUACAGUGAACGUGCUGCAGCAUAUCUCUUUGAUUUUCAAUGGAAAGGGAAAUCUUGGUGCCUUGAUGCAUCUCUGGAGGACCAGUCACUUGGAAGACUGGUCAAUGAUGAGCACAAAAACCCAAACUGCAAAAUGCGAACAGUUCAACUGGACGGGAUGCCACACCUCUGUCUCUUUGCAGUUCAAGACAUUGUCCCAGGAGAUGAAGUCACAUACGAUUAUGGGCAUUGUGAUUGGCCUUGGCGCAAACAGCACAUUUCCACUUCUCCUGUGGCCACAUCAGUGGAUGAGGAUCCAAACAGCAGCCAUCAGGUGCCGGGUCCUGAGGAACAUGUGGAGCCACUGUCCUCUGAUAUAAAUAAGCACAUUUCCACUUCUCCUGUGGCCACAUCAGUGGAUGAGGAUCCAAACAGCAGCCAUCAGGUGCCGGGUCCUGAGGAACAUGUGGAGCCACUGUCCUCUGAUAUAAAUAAGCACAUUUCCACUUCUCCUGUGGCCACAUCAGUGGAUGAGGAUCCAAACAGCAGCCAUCAGGUGCCGGGUCCUGAGGAACAUGUGGAGCCACUGUCCUCUGAUAUAAAUAAGCACAUUUCCACUUCUCCUGUGGCCACAUCAGUGGAUGAGGAUCCAAACAGCAGCCAUCAGGUGCCGGGUCCUGAGGAACAUGUGGAGCCACUGUCCUCUGAUAUAAAUAAGACAUCAGUGGAUGGCGACCCAAACAGAAGACACCAAUUUCAGGGUCCUGAGGAAGAUGUGAAAACAUUUUACUCUGAUUUAAAUAAGUCAUUUCAAUCCAGGAUUGCUAAGCUGAAACAGCACCAUGACAGAUGCUCUGAACGUUUUGAGGCCUCAGAGGAUGACCGCAAUGCAGCUGACAGACAGCAGACUCUCAUGUUGCAUCAGCGUGUGCUUCUUGAUCAACAGUUAGCACAGCAGGAUAAUAACAAAGAAGAUACCUCAACUCACUCAACAGAUGAGAGCAUUCAUACAAACUACAGUGAUGUUGAAUACAUACCUGACACUCAGGGAAGUGACUCUGAUGACAGCAUCUCUUUAUCUCCUAACAACACACUACAGAGGGCAAGAUUUCCCAAAUUAAGUCCAGCCAAUAAACAAUGCCAAGUCAGCUCAGAGGAAGAAAGCAGCACAGAAGAAGACUAUCCAGUGAGGAAGAAGAGACUGCCAUUUAGCCCUAGAAAAAAGAAAGGAUGGAAAGUCAGACCAGGGAAAAAGAGGAGACUCCCAUUUAGCCCAGGUAACAGACAGAGAAGACCAUUCAGCCCAGUGAAUGAAAACAGCUCCACAGUCAGCCCACAGACAAAGAACAGCAGAGAAGAAGACAGUGCAGUGAGGGCAAAGAGGAGACUGCCAUUCAGCCCAGGGAAAAGUCAGAGAAGACCACUCUACCCAGUGAACGAAAGCAGCUCCACAGUCAGCCCACAGACAAAGAACAGCAGAGAAGAAGACAGUGCAGUGAGGGCAAAGAGGAGACUGCCAUUCAGCCCAGGGAAAAGUCAGAGAAGACCACUCUACCCGGUGAACGAAAGCAGCUCCACAGUCAGCCCACAGACAAAGAACAGCAGAGAAGAAGACAGUGCAGUGAGGGCAAAGAGGAGACUGCCAUUCAGCCCAGGGAAAAGUCAGAGAAGACCACUCUACCCGGUGAAUGAAAGCAGCUCCACAGUCAGCCCACGGACAAAGAACAGCAGAGAAGAAGACAGUGCAGUGAGGGCAAAGAGGAGACUGCCAUUCAGCCCAGGGAAAAGUCAGAGAAGACCACUGCACCCAGUGAAUGAAAGCAGCUCCACAGUCAGCCCAGAGAAAGAAGAAAAAUUGAUUCAAGUGCUGUGUACUGCAAAUACUCAAGUACGUCGAGUGUAUGACAAGAGGAACUAUUGCAUUUAUUGUUCAAAGCCAACAUCAAAACUCGCACGACAUCUUCAGACUGUUCAUCGUAACAAAGCAGAGGUUGCAAAAGCAUUCUACUAUCCGAAAGAUUCCAAAGAGCGUCGAGUUCGGCUGGCCAUUCUAAGGAACAGAGGCAACUUUGCCCACAAUACAGAUGUGGCUAGAAAUGGAACUGGACAUCUUGUUGCACGUUACCGAACAAGAGAGAGCAGACACGGUCAAGAUUUUAUUCACUGUGUUCACUGUCAGGGUCUUUACUCUAAAAAAACUUUGUGGAAACAUAUCAAAAUCUGUCCAGAGAAUACAAGAGAGGACACACCUCAAGCUGGACGAAAAAGAGUUCGAUCCCUGUGUGCUCUUACCACACCAGUUGGUCUCGAGAUUAGUGAGGGCCUACAGAAGAUUCUUACCCACGCAAACUAUGAUGAAGUCUCGCGUGUCGUUCAGAGUGACAAAUGCAUUCUGCAACUUGGACAAUAUAUGUUCAACAAACUGAAAAGCAAAGGGAACAAUAAUGACGACUACAUACGGCAAAAGAUGAGAGAGGUGGGAAGAAUGGUCCUUGAAGCUCAAAAGGUUACAUCGCUGAAGAAGGUGGAGGAAUUCUUUAUUCCUAAAAACUUCCCACAUGUUAUAUCUGCAGUGAAGAGAGCUGCAGGAUAUGACCCCAAUACCAACACAUAUCAAACCCCAUCUUUAGCACUCAAGCUUGGCCACAGCCUUAAGAAAAUGUCCAGUAUUGUCGAGAGCAAUGCUAUGAUGUUUGGAGAUCAUGUCACAGCAGAAUAUGCCAAAAGGUACAGGGCUAUACAUGACAGCAGAUGGGAAGAGUUCAUCUCCUCAGGGGCAUUAAACACUCUGAAGGAGGCCAAAUGGAAUAUGCCACAGGUGUUACCAUUUACCCAAGAUGUGAAGCUGUUGAACUUUCAUAUGGAGAACCAACAAACUGUGCUGGAGAGAAUGCUAAGAAUUUCUCCAACUCCAGAAAACUAUGCUGCCCUGGCUAAGGUGACGCUUGCUUUAGCCAUUACAUUCAACAGGAGAAGAGCAGGAGAGGUUUCACGGAUGUUACUUACCGCCUUUAGGUCCCGGAACAAGUCGAUGUUGCAUGAAGACUUGGCUAUCUGCCUGACUCCAUUUGAGAGGAAGAUGUGUGAGUUUUUCACAAGAGUGGAGAUCCGAGGGAAACGUGGGAGAAUGGUCCCUGUCCUGUUAAAACCAUCCAUGGUGACUGCUAUGGAGCUGCUGGCUGACACACGUGAGAGCUGUGGUGUACCCAGUGAAAAUUUAUUCAUGUUUGCCAGACCAGAGGCUUUGUCAUCCUACAGAGGGGGGGAGUGCCUCCAGAAAUAUGCCAAACUCUGUGGUGCUAAACAUCCGGAAGCAUUGACCUCAACAAAGCUGCGGAAACAUAUUGCAACAAUGUCACAGGUCUUGAACCUGGAGGAAAAUGAGUCUGACCAACUCGCUGACUUCUUAGGCCACGAUAUUCGAGUCCACAGACAGUACUACCGACUGCCCCAAGGAACUCUGCAACUAGCUAGAAUGAGCAAAGUUCUUCUUGCUAUGGAGAGGGGGACUGUGUCACAAUACAAAGGGAUGACACUGGAUGACAUUGAAGUCGACCCUGAAGAGAAAGUACCACACUCCAUUGAAGAGGGGGAUGCUUCAAGUGACGCUUCAAGUGAGGAAGAGGAGUGUACCAGCACUGACAUGGACCACACACCUCCCAGCACAGACAGGACUGCAUCUUCAGAACCACCUCCUGCUGCUACUCCUCCAGUACAAGAACAAGCUGAAAAACGGAGACGCAAAUGGGAUGCAGGAGAAGUAAAUGCUGUUGAGAAACACCUGAUGAAAUUCAUAAGAACUUUCACUGUUCCUGGCAAGCACGACUGCAUGGUUUGUCUUCAAAGUGAAACACAGACACUGAAGGACCGCACGUGGACUGAUGUGAAAAACUAUGUAAGAAACAGAAUCACUGCCCUAAAGAGACAGACGAGCACUUAAAAAAUAUGUAUCUCUUCUGUGCCUUGCCCAUACUGUUGCCCAUACAGAGAUACAGUUCAAGGUAGGCCAAUCCAAGAGGGCAUCAUAAAGGUAAGAUGAGUAAUGUUCCAUUUUACAUCCAGCAGUUAAGGUUAAAAACAGGGUUAAAAAGCAGUUAAAAAGAACAAGAUUUAAAAGUGGUGAAAACCAAAAGAGGUUAAGAACUGGCUAAAAGAAACAAGAAGAAAAUGGCUGAACAGACUGAAGGUUUAAAUAUAGCUAAUGAGAAACAGGAUUUGAAAGUGGUUUACAGAAACAAGGUUUGAAAGAGGUUAAAAAGAAACAAGGUUUAAAAGUGGCUAAACAGAACAAGGUUUAAGAGUGAUUAAACAGAAACAAGGUUUUGAAGAGGAUAAAAGCAAAUGUUUAGAAGUGGUUUCAUAGAGAUAAGGUUUAAAAGAGGUAAAGCAAAAAAGGUAAAAAAGUGGUUAAACUAAGUUUGAAAAUAGUUAAAGAGAUUUAGAAGUGGUCAAACAGGUAAGGAAGUGUUUAAACAGAACAAGGUUUAAGAGUGGUUAAACAUGAACAACGUUUAAGAGUGGUUAAAAAGAGGUAAAGAAGUGUUUAAACAGGAACAAGGUUUAAGAGUGGUUAAAAAGAGGUAAAGAAGUGUUUAAACAGGAACAAGGUUUAAGAGUGGUUAAAAAGAGGUAAAGAAGUGUUUAAACAGGAACAAGGUUUAAGAGUGGUUAAAAAAGGUUAAGAAGUGGUUAAACAGGAACAAGGUUUAAGAGUGGUUAAAAUGCAAGGUUUAAAAGAGGUAAAGCAGAAGCAAGUUUAAUAGUUCUUAAGAAAUAAGUGGUUUAAUAGAAACGGAUGUUAAAAGUGGUUAAACAAUAACAAGGUUUAUCUGUGGUUAAAUGGCAACAAGGUUUCAAGAUGUUUAGGAAAUAUUUAAAUUGGUUAAAUAGAAACAAGAUUUAGAAGUAGUUGCACAGAAACAAUUUUAAAAGUGGACAAACAGAAAAUAAUUUUAUGAUUAUUAAGAAAUUCAAAGUGUUUAAACAGAAACAAGGUUUAAAAGUAUAUAAUAAAUAAUAUCGUACACAUACAUAAACAUUUCUGUAUCUAUAAUAAAGUAUAUGGUACGAGUCCUCAGACACUGGUUCAAGUUUGAGAGCUGGAGAGUCUCUCUCUCAUGUUAUAAUAUUUGUCAUUCAUGUCAAUAAAAGUUCUGUGAGGCUUCAUCAAAUAUCCCUCUCUUAAAACCA